AUCAGAAAGACGGAGAGAAGUUUGCUUAAGUUUGUGUUGAGAGAGACUCCACUCAACAGCUGAAGGACAAAGCUAGAAGAUGAGAUUCAGCCUGGUGUUAGCCGCUCUUCUCUGCUUCACCACAUGGAUGAGCGUGGGCCAUGCAACCAAUGGACCGGUGGCCAGCUGUUGUCUCGGGUGGUCUAACACUCUACAGGGACUCCCACUUGAACGAAUUCUGGAUUACACCAUUCAGUCUGAUGGCGUCUGUCUGAUCAAAGCCGUAGUAUUUAAAACAACACGUGGAAAGAGGAUUUGCUCCGACCCUAACAGUGACCGGGCAAAAAAAGCCAUUCUGAAAGUGGACGAGGAGAAGAAGAAAAAAGAAGCAUUGCAAGAGAAGGGACAGAAUGAAGAAGGAUUAACAAGCGACAUCACACCAACAGUGUCCACUACAGCCGUAGUGUUUCAAACAACACGUGGAGUGGGGAUUUACUCCGACCCAAACAGUGAAGAAAAAGCCAUUCUGAAAGUGGACGAGGAGAAAAAAGAAGUAUUGCAAGAGAAGGGACAGAAUGAAGAAGGAUUAACAAGCGACAUCACACCAACAGUAUCCACUACAGCCGUAGCGUUUCUGACAAAGCUUGGAAAGAGGAUUUGCUCCAACCCUAACAGUGACUGGGCAAAGAGAACCAUUCUGAAAGUGGAUGAGGAGAAGAAGAAAGAGAAAGCAUUGCAAGAGCAGGGACAGAAUGAAGAAGGAUUAACAAGCGACAUCACACCAACAGUGUCCACUACAGCUGUAGUGUUUCAAACAAAACCUGGAGUGGGGAUUUACUCCGACCCUAACAGUGAAGAAAAAGCCGUUCUGAAAGUGGACGAGGAGAAAGAGAAAGCAUUGCAAGAGAAGGGACAGAAUGAAGAAGGAUUAACAAGCGACAUCACACUAACAGUAUCCACUACAGCCGUAGCGUUUCAAACAAAACCUGGAGUGGGGAUUUACUCCGACCCUAACAGUGAAGAAAAAGACAUUCUGAAAGUGGACGAGGAGAAAAAAGAAGCAUUGCAAGAGAAGGGACAGAAUGAAGACGGAUUAACAAGCAACAUCACACCAACAGUGUCCACUACAGCCGUAAUGUUUCAAACAAAACCUGGAGUGAGGAUUUACUCCGACCCUAACAGUGAAGAAAAAGCCGUUCUGAAAGUGGACGAGGAGAAAAAAGAAGUAUUGCAAGAGAAGGGAUGGAAUGAAGACGGAUCAACAAGCGACAUCACACCAACAGUGUCCACUACAGCCGUAGCGUUUCUGACAAAGCUUGGAAAGAGGAUUUGCUCCGACCCUAACAGUGACCGGGCAAAAAAAGUAAUUCUGAAAGUGGACGAGGAGAAAAAAGAAGCAUUGCAAGAGAAGGGACAGAAUGAAGAAGGAUUAACAAGCGACAUCACACCACCAGAGUCCACUACAGCCGUAGUGUUUCAAACAACACCUGGAGUGAGGACUUACUCCGACCCUAACAGUGAAGAAAAAGCCAUUCUGAAAGUGGACGAGGAGAAAGAGAAAGCAUUGCAAGAGAAAGGACAGAAUGAAGAAGGAUUAACAAGCGACAUCACACCAACAGUGUCCACUACAGCCGUAAUGUUUCAAACAACACCUGGAGUGAGGAUUUACUCCGACCCUAACAGUGAAGAAAAAGCCAUUCUGAAAGUGGACGAGGAGAAAAAAGAAGUAUUGCAAGAGAAGGGAUGGAAUGAAGAAGGAUUAACAAGCGACAUCACACCAACAGUGUCCACUACAGCCGUAGCGUUUCAAACAACACGUGGAGUGGGGAUUCGCUCCGACCCUAACAGUGACCGGGCAAAAGAAGCCAUUCUGAAAGUGGACGAGGAGAAAAAAGAAGCAUUGCAAGAGAAGGGACAGAAUGAAGAAGGAUUAACAAGCGACAUCACACCAACGGUGUCCACUACAGCCGUAAUGUUUCAAACAACACGUGGAGUGAGGAUUUACUCCGACCCUAACAGUGACUGGGCAGAAAAAGCUAUUCUGAAAGUGGACGAGGAGAAAAAAGAAGGAUUGCAAGAGAAGGGACAGAAUGAAGACGGAUUAACAAGCGACAUCACACCAACAGUGUCCACUACAGCCGUAAUGUUUCAAACAAAACCUGGAGUGAGGAUUUACUCCGACCCUAACAGUGAAGAAAAAGCCAUUCUGAAAGUGGACGAGGAGAAAAAAGGAGCAUUGCAAGAGAAGGGACAGAAUGAAGAAGGAUUAACAAGCGACAUCACACCAACAGUGUCCACUACAGCCGUAAUGUUUCAAACAAAACCUGGAGUGAGGAUUUACUCCGACCCUAACAGUGAAGAAAAAGCCAUUCUGAAAGUGGACGAGGAGAAAGAGAAAGCAUUGCAAGAGAAAGGACAGAAUGAAGAAGGAUUAACAAGCAACAUCACACCAACAGUGUCCACUACAGCUGUAAUGUUUCAAACAAAACGUGGAGUGAGGAUUUCCUCCGACCCUAACAGUGACCGGGCAGAAAAAGACAUUCUGAAAGUGGACGAGGAGAAAAAAGAAGCAUUGCAAGAGCAGGGACAGAAUGAAGACGGAUUAACAAGCGACAUCACACCAACAGUGUCCACCACAUCAAAAACAACACCACAGAGGAAAGGCAGACAUCGAAAGAGACGCCAGAAGAACAAGUCCAGGAGAUGGAAGAAGGCGCAGAGAAAACGUCCGUGAGGAAUCACAAGACAAUUCAUCACAGUCAGCAAACUUUACUCUUUCCAUUUGGACUUAUCCUGCUAUAUUGCACGAAUAGUAAACAAACCUGAAACAAAAACAGGCUUCUAUAUAUUAUUGAAUCUAUAAUUAAAUAUGCAAUAUAUACUUAAAAUGCGUUGAUCAUACCUUGUUGUCAUAAAUGUGUUUAUGUGUAUCAAAAGAACAUCAUUUGUACCUUUUCAAGCCAUUUGCCAAUAAAGUCUUCUUGAGCAGA